GUAACAGGCAUCUGCUAUGCAAUCAGACGAAGUUAUUUGGCAGGUGAUCAACCAGCAGUUCUGUUCUUACAAAGUUCGUACACCAACCGGCACGUUUUGCCGUAAUGGAUACAAUGUCACGGGUCUUUGCAAUCGUCAAUCGUGUCCUUUAGCGAACAGUAAAUAUGCCACCAUUCGUGAACACAAAGGUAUCGUUUACUUGUACAUGAAGACUCCCGAACGAGCCCAUUCGCCUGCCAAGAUGUGGGAAAAAAAGAAGCUGUCAAAGAAUUAUGCGGAAGCUCUGGCACAGAUCGAUAAGGAACUGCAGUACUGGCCCAACUUUUUACAACACAAAUGCAAACAACGUUUGACCAAGAUCACGCAAUAUUUGAUCCGUAUGCGUAAACUCAAGCUGAAAGAAGCUGACAGACCCCAGCUUAUCGGCAUUAAGAAGAAGUUGGAUCGACGUGAAGCCAACCGCGAACGAAAGGCCGAAGCGGCAGCACGAUUGGAGAAAUCAAUUGAAAAGGAAUUGAUCGAACGAUUAAAGAACAAGGCUUACGGUGACGCGCCUUUGAACGUGAAUAAUGAGAUUUGGCAAAAGAUUUUGGAUCAAGAUAUUGAAGGUGCCGUCGAUGAAGAAUCCGAGGAAGAGGAUGAAAACGAACUCGAAUAUGAAGAUGAGGAAGAAGACGAGAAUGACAUUGAAUUCGUAUCUGAUUUCGAAGAAUCCGAUCUUGAGGAUAUGGAGAACGGUUUUGAAUACGAGAUGGAAGAUGAGGAAGAAGAGGACGCCGAUGCGCUAUUGGACGGUUUGGAGGAAGCAGAUGAUCAAGUAGAUGAAAGCGAUGAUGAGGAAACAACUUUGGCUAAGAAACGAAAGUCACGGGCAGCGCCCAAGGACACGAAACGCAAGAGGAAGGGUGCUCAUGUGGAGGUGGAAUACGAGCAAGAAAACGAGGGAGCAUUGCAAUUGUGACAUUGAUACCCUAUUCUUUCUUCCUUUUUGUCUUUUUUUCUUACUCUCCUACAUCACCCAUUCUGCCCAUGCGAUACAUAUAAAGAAGAACAAAAAAAAGGCACAAAAAAAAAAACCAACCACGCACACAGAUAGCUAUCACAGCAAACUUUUUCAUCUUCAUAAGCAAAUCAUUCUUUUUUAUCUUUAUGCUGAUUUUCUAAUUUACAGUAGACUUUUUUUGACAAUACAUUUCGAAAUACUUGUACUUUCACAAGGCAAUCGUUGCUGCUUUUUUUUCUCUGCAUGCGAACCAAAAAAUAUUAACCUCUUGGAAUGUACGUUGCUAACGGUCAAUGAGCGAGGUUUUGAAGAGGAUGGGCACAGGGCCCUAUGAACAAAUCUAAAACGGUUGACUGUUCCCAGUCUGGACACACUGCUCCUGUUAUUCCUUUG